UUCUGAUUUCAAAAUUAUGAAAAAUACAUGAAUAUAUACCCGCAAAAAGAAGCGAAAACAAAAGAACAUAGUAAAACACAGCGGAAUAGAACAUAGCAUUCUUUGUUCUUUUUUUUAAACAAAAAAAAGUUCGUUUGUUCUUUUGUUCAACAAAAGAUGUUCUUUUCUUCUCCAAAUUUAAUAAAAAGCGCGUUUUGUAUUUAAUGGUUGUCGUUUUGGUACCAGUGCACCAAGAGCACGGUGCACAAGCCUACACCAUCAAAUUUGCGCUACACACAUAACUAUAUUAUUUCUUUAUACAAUGGCCAAACUUCGCAGGUUUGACCUAAUAAUAUGCUGGGCCAUGCCAUCUUUAGUUGGGUUAUUUAUUCUGGGUUAUCUGGAAUUCCUGAUACUACUUUAACCUAAAAACAACCGUCCUCCGCCACUCUACCUCCCUCUUGAAACUCAAAAAACGAGAACAAUAAAAUCACACUCCGAAAUGCAAAUGCUUGAAGCAAUCGAAUCCAUGGAGAAUUUACAAAUCAACAAUGAAGAAGAAGAUAGACUGAGCUCUCUCCCAGAAACCCUCCUCGAGAAAAUUCUGGAAUUCGUCCCAUUCAAAUCCGCCGCCGCCACUUCCGUCUUAUCCCAACGGUGGCGCCACCUUUGGACCCACCACCCCCACCCCGCCUUAACUCUCUCCGACGAAAACAUCCACGAACAAAUCAUCAGCGUCAAUCGUAUCUUCGACCGCCUCGACUGCCUACCAAUCCAAACCUUUGAGAUCUAUUACCCUUCUAACUUAACCGAUUAUUAUUCAAAUCGUUUUCCCGUGGCUUUGGAUUACUGGGUUUCUCGAUUAUACAAACAUAAAAGUAUCACCAAAAUCAAGCUAGACAUCCGCCCCAAAAACGAUCGGCGUGGUAUUCCCCCUGAUAUUAAUUUAUCAUCCCGUAUUUUUCAAUCUCAAACCCUAGAACACCUUGAAUUGUUUGGAUCUUUUGCCUGCUUUUUCCCUGAAUAUGCUCGAAUUAAUCUUCCUAAUUUGAAGAAGAUGGUGUUAUUCGGUGUUUAUUUGGACGACAACUUGCUGCGAAACUUAUUCAAGUCUUGCCCAUUAUUGGAAGAUUUAUUCCUCUCGAGUUUAAGUAGUUUGACAAGGAUGGAUCCAAUUUUUAAUAUUUCAUCUUCGAAUUUGAAGUCAUUGAGCAUCGGUCACGAAUACUCCGCCGAAUUCGUGAUCGAUGCUCCUAUUCUAGAGUUCAUCGAAGUACGUGGUCGUGUUGCGUCAUAUCGUUUUGUAAAGGAAUUAGGUAAACUACGAGAGACGACUCUUGGAAUUACGCUUCCUAUCACACGAAUAGAUGAACUCAAAGAUGCAAGUAAUUUUACCCGAAUACCGACAUUUUUUACAGGGAUUUCUAAUGUUGAGUCCAUUCAUUUUGACAAACCAAACUUACCCUGGAUGUUUCCUUAGAAAAAGAAGGGUUUAUGGAUCCACCAAUUCCUCUAAGUGAGCAAGCUAGAGUGGAUAGAAUUAUCAGGUGUCGAAGCUAAUGAGGUUCAUAUAAAUUUGGUGAAAUGCAUUAUUUGUAAUGCAAGUGUUUUGGAGCAAUUUCACAUUUCUUGUUCUGCUCAUCUUGUGGAGGAAGAAAACAACUUCAUUCGGAAAUCGAUCACGCUUCGAAGGAGCUACGUAUCUUGUGAGAUUAAGUUUGAAGGUGAUCCUGUCAUUGCAUCUGAAAUUGAGUCAUUUGUUUAUCAGAUUAUUGUGUAGUCAUUAAAUUGCACAUUUUAAUCUGUUUGUUCUAAUCAAUAAUUUGAUGUCAUGUUGAACAAUGCUACGAUAAAAGUUUAGUUUAAUCUGUUUUUGCUUCUAUUGUUGAUUUUGUUUCCUAUCUUUGUUUUGAUAUGAUUUUUUUGGGUCAAGAUCUGAGUUCGACAAGUUUGAUUUAUCUUACAUUAUAGAUUUUAGGAAAUUUUGUGAAGCACUACCUUAAGUUUUGGAUGUUUUGUGAAUUACUACCUUAUAAUUUUUUUUUUAUAUUUUCUUACCUUUAAGUUUGAUAUAUGUUUUAGUAACACUACCUUGUAAUAGAAAACAUUAAAUCUCUCCGUUUGUGGUUUGUGGGUCCCAACCCAACGACUUUA